AUGGAGAUUAGCAGCAGGACUGUGAGGGUGGUAUUUUUCAUGUGCCAAGUAAAGUUUUUGGCUCUUCUAGCAGCAGCAGGAUCUUUACCAUGCUGCACCAGAAUCUCCUUCUCUCAUAAUGAAAGCAGAUACCCAGAGAACACAGCUGACCCUGGCCUUGAGGAUCUCCCAACUAUUGAGUUUCAGCAGAGGUCUGUCAGUCUGAAGAGAAUAAAGAGGGAGUGGGUCAUCCCAGUGAUUAACUUUCCAGAAAAUGAGAGGGGUCCAUAUCCCAAAUACAUGGUGAAGAUCAAGUCAAGCAAUGAGGAAAGAGUGGAGAUAACGUACAAGAUUAGUGGACCAGGUGCUGAUCAACCUCCUGAGGGGUUUUUUGUUGUCGAUAGGAGAUCUGGGGUGCUGUAUGUGACUCAGCCACUGGACAGGGAGAAGACAGCCAAAUACAGCCUGUUGGCUCAUGCACUGAGUGCAGGCGUUAAAGCCGAGGAGCCCAUGGAGCUCAUAAUCAACAUCAUUGACCAGAAUGACAACCCUCCAAAAUUCACACAGAACCCUUUCUAUGGUCGAGUGAGUGAGAGUGCUGAGAUAGAUGACAUCGUCACAAAAGUAACAGCAGAAGAUAAAGAUGACCCACAGACAAGCAAUGCUGUGAUCUGGUACAGGAUAAAGGAUCAGGUGCCUCAAAUGCCUGAAAAGGAAAUGUUUGCAAUAAACCCAGUGAGUGGAAUGAUCAGUGUAAAGGCAGAUGGGCUGGACAGAGAGACUCACCCGCAGUAUAAGCUGAUCAUUGUGGCUGCUGACAUGGAGGGUGAGGGGUUAGCAUCUACCAGCACUGUUCUCAUCAGCGUUAUAGACAGCAAUGAUAAUGCUCCAGAGUUCACCGACACGUCUAUAUCCACAUCAGUCCUUGAGAAUGAGGCUGGAGCUGAGGUAAUACGGCUGAUGGUCACAGACAAGGAUGAGUUAGGGUUUCCAAAUGCCAACACCAAAUACUUAAUAAUCAGAGGAAACGAGGGGGGAGAAUUCAACAUCAGCACAGGCUCCAAUAAAAUGGAGGGAGUCCUUCGAACAGCCAAGGAGCUGGAUUUCGAGAGUACUCCUGUCUUUACUCUGCUGGUGGUUGUGACAAACGAGGCACCAUUUUCUGUGCCGGUGUCAACCUCCACGGCCACAGUCACAGUAGCAGUCGUGGACAGGAACGAGCCUCCUGUUUUCAGCCCAGCAGAGAUGCAUGUGAGCAUCUCAGAGGAUGCAGUGAUAGGAAGUUUUUUAGUCGACCUCAGAGCAAAGGACCCGGACACAGCCAGGAAACAGAGCGUUAGUUAUAAAUUGCACAAUGACACUGCACGGCUGCUGAGUAUUGAUAAAGACACAGGAUCAGUCACAGUUAAGAGCAGCAUGGACAGAGAAUCACAUCAUAUCAAAGACAGCAAAUAUACAGUAAUAGUUCUGUCAUAUGAUGAUGAUACAAUCCCAGCUACAGGCACAGGCACUCUGGUUGUGACUUUAUUGGAUGUGAAUGACCAUCGUCCAGUCAUCAGGCAGAGGAAGGUCAGCUUAUGCAACAGUGACCCCUCCCCUGCCCUGCUUGAUAUCACAGACCUGGAUGGACCAGACCAUGCAGGACCGUUUACUGUUGAGCUUCUGGGAGAGCACAUGAUCAACUGGACUGUUAGCACCAAUGCCACAAGCAACGUGGCAGCUCUUGCUCCCAAGCGAGAGUUGUUACCCGGGGACUACUCUGUGCUGAUGCGCAUCUAUGAUGCCGGCAUGCUUUACCAGGACAGCACACUGGUGGUGGAGGUGUGCCAAUGUCAAGGGGCUGUUUCUGCUUGCUUCAUCCCCCAUUCUGCACCUCAUCUACGCAUUCCCUCUCUAGCAACCCUGGUGCUUGGAGCAAUUUUUGGUCUUUUGCUACUGCUUCUACUGCUGCUGUUGUUGCUGAGAAGGAGGAGGUCAGAGAAGGAUGUGACUCUGCUUGAAGACAUACCCAGAGACAACAUCUUCUACUAUAAUGAGGAGGGAGGAGGUGAAGACGACCAGGCGUAUGACCUGAGCCAGCUCUACAGAGGGCUUGAUAACCGUCCUGAAGUCUUCAGCACUGAUGUAUUUCCAACUGUUCAAAGCCGGCCGUCCUAUCGCCUACAACCCCAAGCCAAUGAAGAGAUUGGGAAAUUCAUUGAAGAUAACCUACAUGCUGCAGACGGGGACCCCACAGCUCCUCCGUAUGACUCUCUUCUCGUGUUUGACUACGAGGGUGUCGGCUCAAUGGCGAGCUCACUCAGCUCCAUCAACUCUUCCGACUCAGAUGAAGAGCAGGACUUUCAGAGCCUCUCACACUGGGGGCCACGUUUCAGCAGGUUGGCUGACCUGUACACAAGCAGGAUAGAGGAGGAUGAUGACUCAGAAAUACUGCCUGGAAAAACAGAAUGGGUUUAAAAUCUUUGUGGAUUUCUGGAUCUUACAAUCUUAUUUUUUUCUACUAAAGGUGCUCGUAAGUCUUUGUAAUCUAUUUUUUGCUGCCGUCUGUGCUUUAUUCAGACUUGGUUGUGUCCUGACAUGAAAGACUCUAAUGCACUGUGUACAUGUGGAUUGUUUCUGUUGUUAGGACCUAGUUUUUCAAGAAGAUCAACCUGAAUUAGAGUGAUUUAUACUUGGAACAUCCCCCCAGCAUCAAGUAACACAUCUUACUUUCGUCCUAGUCCUUCAAAGAAAAUCUGUACUGAAUUAAUUUUACUCAGACAUGGGCUUUAUAGAAAUAUGAAUACUGCCAGACCUCUAGCGGAGCUGCUUAUGUCAAACAAAAAUGAAAUAUCCUGACAGUUGCCUAUCUAAUAUUUUAUUUGAUAUUGAGAACUUUUUGAUGAAAAAUUCUAAAGAAAAAAAAAUCAUAACCUUAAUUUUUUCAGGAACAGUUUUGUAAUACAUUUAACCAUUUUAUUGUACAGUUUUAUUUGGCGGAGAAGGUUCUGCUCAGAAGAUGCACCCUGGGUUAUUUAAGCAGCAUGCUUUGACUUUACAGAGAGCGCUUAGCUAGAGACCCCCACAUAGAUAGAUACAUUUAUGACAAUGCGUAUUGAAUACAAUAAAAUUAGUUCAAAAGUAAUUAAUUCAUAG